GGUGGAAGUAUCCGUCACAGUCUUUGUCUGGAAUGUAUGUAAAAGGGAUUUCAUGGACACUGCAGAGGUUUUAAUCUCUCAAUAUCAAAAUAAUUUAAUGCAUAAUAUAUAUUUGAGAAUAUGUCACUGUUGAUUCCUACUUGUGUACUGUGUGUACUGAGUUUUGCUGACACAUUUGCUAGAGCUGUCAAGGUGGACCAAAUGAAUGGACAGAUGCCAAAAAAACAAUUAUGCUUAUUAAUGUACAUUGAUUGCUUGUUUAGGUUAUAAAACAAAUUUAAAAAAAACCAUUAGUAUUUAAACCCUUUUAUAGCUGAGCUAAUGAUUGCUUAUAAUAUAGUGUCUAGUAAAGAAUAUUCUAUAAUACCUGUAAAGCCCAGCUAUGUUAUCUAAUUAGUAGACUUUGAUUUAAGUGGCUAUAAUUAUGGAAUUGAAUAGUUGCCUUUCUAAAUAACCAAAUGGUAGAUUUAAAUAUAUAAAGAUGUUGACUUGAUUAUUUAAUAUUUGUAGCAAAGACAAACCACCUAAAUAGAGAGAUUAAUUCCACAUCAGUGCAACAUUAAAAGGGAGAGAGGAUGCCAAGAAUCCCAUUAAUUUGGGAUAUAAGUGUCUGAAAUUUCCUCAAAACAUUUACACCAAGGAAUACCAACAAGACAAUAUCAAGCAGCUCUCCCUAAGGAUAGAGAGGUAAGGCAAACAUGAUUUUAAACUGCACAAUAUCACACAAUAAAAUUAAGGACAGUGUGUUCCACCAGAUGCUAAACACAGCCAUUUAUCAAGCUACAAGAUUCUAGACUAAGUAAGUGUUUUGUAUACAUAUUAGCUCCAUAUUACCUCCAUGACCUCUUUCCCCAUGAAGCCUUCCCUGAGCCUCAGUAUCCACUCUUUCCUGUACCACGAAUCCAUUUUUCUUUUACUUUUUCUUUUCUUUUUUUCCUUUUCUUUCUCUCUGUCUUUCUUCUUUCUUUCUUUCUUUCUUUCUUUCUUUCUUUCUUUUUCCUUCCUUCCUUCCUUCCUCUCUCUCUCUUUCUUUUUUUUGAGACAGGGUCUCACUCUAGCACCCAGGCUGGAGUGCAGUGGCACGAUCAUGGUUCACUGCAGCCUUGACCUCACAGGCUCAAACCAUCCUCCUGCGUUAGCCUCCCAAGUAGCUUGGACCAGAGGCAUGCACCACCAUGCCCAGAUAAUUUUUUUUUUAUUUUUUGUAGAGAUGGGGUCUCACUAUGUCGCCCAAACUGGUCUUGAAUUCCUGGGCUCAAGCGAUUCUCCCACCUCAGCCUCCCAAAGUGCUGGGAUUACAAGUGUGAGCCACUGCACCCAGCCCAUGUUUUCAAUAAAGAUGGUGCUAUUUGAAACUAUGGCAUGUCACGUGUAUAUUAUUUUAUUUCACCAUGUGUUUAAGUGAGAUAACCAGGUGCCAAGAAAGCUUCAAUAUUUGCUUAGUUAAAUAGCCAAUGUGACGGAGAAGAGGUAACCUCUUUUUUUUUUUCUUAUGAUUUGCUUUGGCUAUUACUUUUGAAACACACAUGUUAUAUUCCCAAUUAGAUCUCGUUACAUCCUUCACAGGCUGUCCAAAAAUUUCCAUACUUCUGACAAGAACUUCGGUUGACUGGGUUUAUAUAGUUUUUCUGUUCUUUGCCCUAUUUCUUUCAAGGCCUUUGAGUCAGAAGCAUUCAGCACCACAGUGUAUGAUAGCCACCAUUUGUUUUGCCCUUUUAACUUUUGGGGGUUACUUCUCACCAUAGUCCAGCUGCCCAGAAGGGCUUUUUCACAAAUUGUUUACCAUGGCAGUUGCUACCCUAUUGGGGUUUGCAUUCAGAACACAUAAGCAGAGAGCAGUGGUGUCAGUAUAACAAAUAAUGUGUACAAUUUUUUAAAAUGCUGAAUUUACCAAAUCCCCAUGUUAUGUUUUCACACUGCUCUUUCAGAAACUGUGCUAAUACAAUACUCCUAUAAACUGAUCUUGGUCCUGGCAGGCCCUAUUGGAACUAAUGGGGCCUGACAGUUCUUCAGUUAAAAAUUAUACAUGAGGGUCACUUUCCCUUAAAUUAUCUAUUGUAUGCCAGCUGUUCACAACUGCAUUGCUUCACUUUCUUUGCAGUGCUAGAAAUGUCUAAUUUUCUCAUAAUAUCCAUAGCAACUAUUCUCAUGGAGGGCAUUGAAGUUAGUAAGAUUUCAAACACACCUUCACAGAAAUCAUGCUAGAGUUGCAGUUUCCAUUUUCUUUAAUUUUAUUUUUUUGGUUCUGAAAAAUGUUUAGAUGGCUCAUUUUGCCGGUUUCAUGCUAUAGCACUUGAGUUAUAUCAUAAUUUCUCAUUUGCUGCACAACUUUAUUCUAUUUUUAUGCUCCUAAAUGACGCAGCUCUUAAGUACCCGUGAGUGGCACUUCCGUGCUGUGAGUGCUAUCAAAAGCAACCUCAGACAGAUAAAACUCCUGGUUUUUUGUUUUCUUGUUUUUGUUUUGUUUUUGCUGGGGAGGGGAGAAGCGGAGUCAUCACCAAGGGCCUUCUUUUGUUUUUCAGGCAUAUUAAAACUGUAUAACCAACAGAACCAUUUAAAAGGAAGAAAAACAUCACCCAAGUUCUGUGUCUGAAUGAAGGUUGUCUUCUCAAAUGCUCCUCAUUACUCCAGAGCAGUUAUAUUUGGAUUAUAAUUAAAACGAGGCUUCUUUUUUUUUCUUUUAUGCUUCUUUUUUCCCAGAAUGCCUCAAGUGAAGUAUUCCUCCCAAAGUUAUUGCACCUCUUUACUAACAAGUGCUGGAAUUUUAAUAAGC